GGCGACGACCAGCGCCACAGCCACCACCGCCGUGCCUCCAUUGCUCAUUGAAUUUGCUCCACGUGGCGGCCGGCGCAACAAUUGUUUCGUCCGUACACACACCCGUAUCCUCCGCCGCCAUGUCUGCCGCUACAGCUUGCAUGCCCCUUGUCCCUCCUGUCCAUGGAUCGGCCGGGCCGGCAAUGGCGGCCGCCGCGGUCGUCGUCGAGAGGCGGCAUCCCGGUCCCGCGGAGGCUGUCAAGAUUGAGAGCCAUGGCACCGAGGAGCUGCGUCGUCCCGAGGACGACGACGACGGCGACGUGAUGAACGAACCGCGGGCGGUGGUCCGGACACUGACGUGCGAGCGAAAGCCCUACGUGGAGGGCUUUGCGCUCUGGCGGAGCAUCGGCAGGCCUGAGCUGCCGGAGUUGGAUCCUAUCCUGUCCUUCGACGAGUUCGAGUUUUCUGCGCCAGCUGGCUUUACUGAUCAUCCCCACAGAGGAUUUGAGAACGUCACCUAUAUGCUCGAGGGAGGUGUCAGUUACCAUGACUUUUCAGGACACAAGGGCACCAUCAACACAGGAGAUGUUCAGUGGCUGACGGCAGGGCGCGGCGUCGUGCACGCGGAGGUGCCCGGCGGCGAGGGCGUGCAGCGGGGCAUCAACAUCUGGAUCAACCUCGCCGCCGAGGACAAGAUGGUGGAGCCGAUGUACCAGGACCUGGCGAGCCACGCCAUCCCCACCGCCGCAGCCGAGAACGACGGCGGCGUCUCCGUCAAGGUCAUCGCGGGCGAGUGCCUGGGCGCGCGCUCCCCGCUGCGGCCCCGCACCCCGGCGCUGUGCCUCGACGUCGCCCUGCGCCCCGGCGCGCGCCUGCGCCAGCCCGUCCCGCGCAGCUGGAACGCGUGCGCCUACGUCAUCGGCGGCGAGGCCGUCUUCCCCGGCGACGAAGGCGCCUCCGCUGGGGCGCGCACGCUCGUCGUGUUCGGCGGUGACGGCGACGGCGUCGACGUGCGGGCCGAGGCGGCGGGCGCCGGAGCGAGGGUCAUGCUGGUGGCGGCGCGGCCGCACGGCGAGGCGGUGGUGCGGGACGGGCCCUUCGUCAUGAACACCAGGGAGGAGGUGGAGCAGGCGCGGGAGGACUUCCGCCACCGCCGCAACGGCUUCGAGAUGGCCGAUGGCUGGACCUCCGACCACGCCGCCACCGCCGCGGCGCGUUGAUACUCUAGGCAUCAAGGCAUGGGUAGUUGUGGAUUUUGCCACACGAAAAAUGUCCGUGUAGCAUAGAAAUAGUGCUUGUAUUAAGAGUAUGAUCAAGGGAUCAAUGUUCACGGCAUGGCCGCAUGGGUGCCAUGGAUUAGAACUUUAAGAUUCCUGUGUGCGUCCCAGUUGUCUUGAAGUGAACUGUAGAAUGAUCUGGCACUAACGGAAAAGGUUCGAAAGUUCAGCAAAAUUCUAAGAAUUAUAGUCUU